AGCGGGCGUAGCAAGCGGUCAGCCAACUUAUUUUUAUCAGCCCAUAACGCUGAUUCGAUAGAGCCCGACGAUUACCUAGCAUAGAUUUCAUCGUCAUGUCCGUGCUAUCGAUUCCUAUCAUGAGAUGAUUUUCAUUCACAGCCAACAGCUCGGUAGACUGACUAUCUUUAGGUAGGAUUAUGGCGUUGCUGGCGGAGUACCUACCUAUACACAACUCAUUCAGCCGCAGCUUGCCACAACCAGACUCGAUUGUGGAUCCUAGAUAGGUAAUGUGAUGGGAUGAGAUGGGUGUUUCGUCAGGAGAUGAAUCCUUUAUUACCUGGGUAUAGGUACAUCGUGUCUAAGCUGCCAGGGUUUUGUCUUUUAUUUCUUCAUCUAAUAUUUCCUCGAUCUUUCUCCUAGCUAGCCAAUCUCUGGUAUUAUUCCAUUACAAUUCCUGUAAUCAGUGUAAGACGAACGCAGACAAAGAAGCCAAUUAGUUCAACAUUGUCCCUGUUAUAACCUUCGACGAGUCGGUCCAUUUGCGAAUAUCACGAUAAUGGACAGCAGCCAAGAGAAAUACGUCUACACUGGACCUGAGUAUCCCCAAGGCACCGAUCCCCAAUACCAAAUGCAAGCUCAUCCGCAAGCACAACCGCAAGCACAACCGCAAGCCCACCCGCAGGUAGGAGCUUAUGUGCACCCUCACGCGCCCCAGCAACCGCAAGCGAUUCCCCGAGAAGCCUACGGCCAGCAAGGUGGUGAAUGGCAAGCGAGUCUAUGCGAUUGCUCGCCAUGCUCGAGCUGCCUACUAGCCUGGUGUCUACCAUGUCUCCUGCUCGGUCAAACCUCCGAGCGAAUUCGGGAUCCCUCGAUGCAGACGGCCGACAUGAUGAACAGCGAUUGCAUGAUUCACGGUUUGAUAAAUGUUUUCACCGGCUGCGGAUGGAUCUACGGCAUGCUCAAGCGAACCGAGAUCCGCGAGCGCUACAACAUCGAGGGAAGCGGAUUUAACGACUGCUGCGUAUCGUUCUGGUGCUCGUGCUGCGCUCUCAUCCAGCAAGAUAACGAAGUCAAGAUUCGCCAACAAAAAGCUCAACCUAUUGCUCAAGGCUACCAGCCGCAACCAGGCAUGCAAAUGCCGGCGCCCGCCUACGCGCCGCAACACUGAUCCUUCGGCACCGGAUCUUUGAUUCUUAAUUUGAAACCACCAAUUUUACCAAUAUAUAAUGAUUUCUGAGAGUUUUUGUAAAUUUAAGGGGCGAUUGGAAAUUGCUUCGACCCAGCUUGGAUAUAGUUAUGAACGGACUUUUAGGGCUGUGGGCAAAGAUGCAUGUCGGAAUCGAUGACGCCGUGUGCUAUUGAGAUAUGUAGGUGGAAUGUAUUUGAGAGAGGUAUACCCAGGACGAAGAGGAAUGAAAAUGUUAACUCGGAACGAGUUUAUACACGGAAUUAUACCUGUUUGGCUAAAUGUAGGAACCACACAAAUGGAAUCGCGACCAUUCUAGAUGUGUCUUUUAUUAGACCAUGAUAUGUUCACUAUACGGAGUGUGUAUAGUUUUCGAACAUGAUUGCACUUCGUUGAAUUCCAAUUUAACUAUUACUUU